UGGCCCCCGGGGGAGCGCUGGCCUCCGGGGGAGCGCUGGCCCCCGGCCGCCCUGUACGCCCUCAUCCAGGAGGUGCCGCUGCGGCGCUGGAAGGAGCUGCUCCGUCACCUGGGCGUGGCCGAGCAGCAGAUGGAGCGGGUGGAGGUGGAGGCGGGCGCCGCCUGCCUGGGCUCCAGGGAGAGGCAGUACCAGAUGCUGCGGCUGUGGACCCAGCGGCCCGCGUCCGCCCUGCCCGAGGUGUACGCCGCGCUGCAGCGCAUGGAGCUGGCCGGCUGCGCCCAGCUGCUCCGGGAGCGCCUGGGGGCCCUGGGGGGGGCGGGGGGGCAGAGUGAAGGGCCGGUCCAGGAGACCAUGGGGCUGGACGGGGGGGGCAGUGUGAAGGGCCCCUCCUGGAGACCUUGGGGCUGGACGGGGGGGGGCAGUGUGAAGGGCCAUGGGGCUGGAGGGGGGGGGGGGGGCAGAGUGAAGGGCCCCUCCUGGAGACCAUGA